ACUACUAUAUAAAGCAAGACUCUGUAGACCUUUUACUGGGAGAGCUUAAACGCUAUUCAACAUCGAUGUAUCUAUUAUAAAAAUUUCAUCCCGUUUAAAUGGUAACAACAACAGAGGGGGAUCAGGAGGGAUUAGUCGGACGGGCCUGGGAUCGGAGUGACACAGAUAGCUUCGGCGAUAGAGGAACGCCUGUAAUCCCCUUAAUUCCCCCUCACUCCUCUCACCUCACAUUGAAAUUGAACUGAUGCGAAAUCAGGUGUGUUAGAUCCAAAAUCUCCACAUCAUGGCCAAACUGACUUUGCUGACGAAAUUUUCAUUGCUUCUGCAUUCUGUGAUCGGUGCCACUCUUAGAGAUAAUUUACAUGGACUGAGUUCCCCGCACGUUUCACUCCUUUCGUCUACUAGACCUUUCCCUUUAAAUGAACAUUUGGAGGGAGCAAUGCCAUCACUAGGAAACGCCAACAAAUUUAUGCUGACAUUUUACCAGAAUUUGGUGGACGGACAUUCCCUGUCUAAAGCUGCUCAAUCCAACAUUGACAUCAAAGGGGAGGUCAACACAAUACGAAGUAUAGCACCACAAGAUGAUGUUUUCAAUAUCCGGGCACUUCCACCAACCGAUGAUGUGCACCACGUGGAACUUCGGUUUAAUACUCACACAUUUCGCAGGAGAUGGUUGAAAAUAGAAAUAAAGCGUAUGAAUAAAACCAUUCGAACAUUUCAGUGCAGUGCAUCUAAUAGUUACGAUAUCACAGCCUUCGUUCGACCUUGGAUAUCAAAAAUCGAGAAAGACUUGCAUGUAGAGGUGAAACAAAAUAAAGUCUCAAGAGAUGAUAGUAUAUUACUGAUAUUUUCAAAUGACAGAACACAGUUGAACAAACUAUCAAAAAUCAGUAAUGUUUCUGAGGAGAUAACUGAUGAACACCAUUCACGAAACAAAAGAGCAGCCCGUCGACGGAGGAGGGACUGCCACUUGUCCAACAUGCGUAUAAGCUUUUCAAACCUUGGCUGGGGACAAUAUAUUAUUUUUCCAAAGACUUACAACGCAAGGGUGUGUAAAGGAAUUUGUUCCACCAGUGUGACGCAGCAAAGAGCAGUAACAAACCAUGCAAUGAUGCAGAGUCUAAUGCGACAAUCGGCAAAAGGAAACUUUCCGCUACCGUGCUGUGUACCAAAGACUUUAAGUCCAUUAAGCAUUCUUUAUUUUGAAGAUGACCAGAUUCUUGUUAAACACCAUAAGAACAUGGUGGCUGAGGAGUGCGGAUGCGAGUGAAAUGAGAAGGCAGGGGAACAUAUGGUUACUCAUUUGUUGGUGCAUGGAAACUCUACAACGAGGCAGUAUUUUGCAGAAUGGGUUUUUGAUGAAUUUUUAUUCUACUUAUACUCAAUGAGGAGCUCUUUUAGAAAAAUAAGGAGCUCAUAUAUUGUUAAUUUAUUUAUAGUCUAUGUUGUUAUCAGUCGUUGUUA